AUCGAAUGGUCUACCCUUGACCUUAACCACUUGAGCGAACCCUCUACAAAAUCCCCUUCAAAUCAAGCAAAAAAUCAUUUGUGAGAUAAAAGCAAAAAGAAAAGAAAAUGAAGCACUUUGUUCUAGUUCAUGGUAUGUGCCAUGGAGCUUGGUGCUGGUACAAGCUUGUCUCACUGCUCAAAUCGGCUGGUCACCGUGUCACUGCACUGGAUCUUGGUGCCAGCGGCAUCAACCCCAGGAAGAUUAGUGAGCUCACUUCCAUGUCUGACUAUGCUCAGCCUUUGAUGGAAUUCAUGGCCUCUUUGCCUCAAGAAGAGAAGGUGAUUUUGGUGGGUCAUAGUUUCGGUGGCAUAAGCAUGUCUUUAGCCAUGGAGAGCUACCCAAACAAAAUCUUAGCCGCAGUUUAUCUCACAGCCUUUAUGCCCAACCAUGAUUCUCCUCCCGGAACUGGAGUACAAGAGUUCUUCAAAAGUGUCAUGGCAGAGUCCAUUAUGGAUUUCCAGUUAUCGUUCGAUGAGGGGCCAAAUCAUCCUCCAACAGGUGCCCUCUUUGGCCCAAACUACAUGGUGGCAAAGGUUUACCAACUCUCCCCUAAAGCGGAUUUAGAAUUGGCUAAAACGGUGCUGCGACCUGGGAAGUGGUUCAUGAACGAUUUAUCCAAGGAAUCUCUGCUGACAAAAGAGAAAUUUGGAUCGGUUAAUCGCGUUUACAUAGUUUGCAAUGAAGAUUUGCUGAUAAAGGAAAGUUUGCAGAAAUGGUACAUUGAGCAUAGCCCAACAGAUGAUGUCAAGGUUAUAGCUGGUGCUGACCAUAUGCCUAUGUUCUCCAAGCCCAAGGAGCUCUGCCAAAGUCUCCAAGAAAUUGCUGAGAAAUAUAAUUGAAAUUGUUGGGUUGGCAUGAAUUGUAAUAAUGAUAUCGUAUUGAAAUCAAUAAGGGAAAAACAAAGGUGUUGAAUGAGGGAAAUCCUGUUAUGGCUUUA